GUGUGAGUCAUGACGUCAGCAUUGGACAUUCCUUCCAAAGAUUAAAGAUAUGGAACAUGUUCAUUCAUGAGAACUGGCUUUAAAAUUGAGUUAGUUCGUCAAGCACAUACCCUGUCCAUCAAUCAUCCAAGGGCUGAGCGCUCAUCAGCAUUGUGAACAUGGCCGACCAUUGGCAGGAUGACACGGACGAGGCCUCGGACGAGCUUCAAGAUUUCCGUUUCGGUGGCAAGGACGCUGUGUUGUUUUUGAUUGAUGCCACUCCCCCAAUGCACGGGCCCCCCUCGGACGGCCUGGAUGACGAAUCUGACCCUGAUACACCCCAGUUCAGUCACUUUCAAAUGGCUAUCAAAGCGGCUUUGCACACUUUGAGGACCCAAAUUCUGAGUUCACCCAAUGACUUGGUGGGCAUUCUCUUGUACGGCACGCAAAAGCAUGUAGGCGUGGAUACUUUCGAGCAUCUUUCAUUAUUGUGUCCUUUGAGUCCGCCUGAGGCGGGUCAUAUUCUUCGAUUGGAGAAAAUCCUGUCGCAGCCUGAUCGGUUUGAAGACGAAUUCGGGACAUGUGAUCGAUUUUCGCUUUACGAUGCUCUUUGGAAGUCGCAGACGCUUUUUGGCGAGGUUCAAGCCGGGAAGAUUGGCACCAAGAAGAUCCUGUUGAUGACCAAUCAGGCGGAUCCACACCAGGACCAGAGUGAUGAACGGAGGAAGGCCAUGAAAAAGGCCAGUGACUUGUUCCAUAAUCACAUCUAUUUGGACGUGCUCCCAUUGGGACCUAAAUUCCAGAUGGAACGCUUCUUCAAGGAUUUGGUCCAAUUGGCCGAUGAUGAUCGUGCGGACUUUGGUGACCCCACCGUCAAGAUGGAUGAUCUGCUCAAGAUCGUUCGGAAACGGAUCCACAAGAAACGAAGCACGGGUAAAGUGUACUUGGAAUUCGGGCCAAACAUGAAGAUCUCGGUAAAUACAUACAACUUUAUUAGCAAAUCGUAUAAACCGAGCAAGGUCAAAUUGGCCAAAGAUACCAACGAGGAGGUUGUCAUUCAGCGAAGCUUUUUCCAUCCGGUUACGGGUGCACCGUUACUGCCUUCGGAUAUAAAAAAGUAUCAGGAUUACGGAGGGAAACGCAUCAAAUUGACCCAAGACGAGACCAAGGCCAUCACCAUGUUGGACGGUGAAUUGGGGAUGAAAAUUGUGGGAUUCAAGCCCUUAUCAUCAUUGAAAUGGGGCCAGUAUGUCCGGUCAAGUAGCUUCAUCUACCCAGAGGAGAAGAUGAUUAAAGGCUCGAGGCAGGUUUUUGCGGCCUUGCUCAUCAAAUGCUUGGAAAAGCGGGUCAUGGCCGUGUGCUCUUUCAAAGCCAGAGAUAGUUCGGGUCCAUCAUUUGUGGCAUUAGUCCCACAAGAGGAGCGGAAAGACUACGAAGGUCAUCAGACUGCACCGCCGGGAUUCCAUGUGGUGUUUCUACCCUUCGCUGACGACUUUCGUGCCACGCCCUCUGUACCAAUGAUUGAACCUGAACCCGAACAACUGAGCGCGGCUAAAGCCUUGGUGAAAAAGAUCAAAAUGAAAGGAUAUCAUCCGGAGGCAUUUAGUAAUCCGGAUCUGCAAUUCCAUUACGCCAUGAUCGAAGCCAUGGCCUUGGAAAGAGAUGAUGUCGAUACUCCCAAGGAUGACACCAUGCCCGAUAUGGAGUUCCUUGCCAAGAAGCUCCAAGACGUUGGGAGAGACUUCUUGGAGAGCGUCUAUCCCGAUGGCUACGACCCUCAAGCCUCUUCGACAAAACGCAAAGCCCCCGCAGCCAAAAAGGAGCCAGCCGUGAAAAAGACCAAAACUGUUGACGUGGAUCAGGAAUUCGAUAUGGGCUCGUACGUAGACAGCAAAACCGUUCCCAAACUCACUGUUCAAGUAUUAAAAGACUACCUCAAAGCCAAUGAUAUCGACGUGGCUGGCAUGAAGAAAGCACAACUGGUUGAUGAGGUGUACAGAUUCUUCAAGUGAAAGAACUGAAAUAAAGCAGCAUAUUUUUAUGCAUAAAUUUAUAUAAAUCUAAGUUCAUUUGAUCACUC